GGACCCCUGCGCUCCGCUCCAUCGAUCCUUAGUGACGCUGCGCAGCUUCUACCGGACGUCGGACGCUCUUUCCGCCGCUUCCUCUUCGUCAGUCUCCGGGGGAAUGCUCCAGGUGGACCCGCCGUUUGGAACAUGCUGUUGGGAAAUUUGGUAGUGGUUGUGUUCGGUCUGUGGGGAGCUGAUGUCAGCAGAGCUUAUGUUUUCCAAGCCAGUCGACCGGCCGAGGGAGGAGACAACCCAGCACCUCACACCAAAGUCGUCUCAGAGUGGGUCAGCUCAGCGGGCUCCUGCAAGGGGAGGUGCUUUGAGCUGGAGGAGGCCAAACCUCCAGGAUGCAGAUGUGACAAUCUGUGUAAAACCUACUCCAGCUGCUGCUCCGACUUCGACCACCGCUGCCUGAAAACAGCGGGAGGCUUCGAGUGCACGCAGGACCGCUGCGGCGAGGAGAGGAACGCCGAGCACGCCUGCCGCUGCUCGACGGACUGCCUGGAGCGAGGCGACUGCUGCUCCAACUACAAGUCGCUCUGCAAAGGUGAGACCUCCUGGGUUCAUGGAGACUGCGAGGAGAUCAAGAGCGCCGAGUGUCCCGCGGGCUUCAUCCGUCCUCCACUCAUCAUGCUGUCUGUGGACGGGUUCAGAGCCUCCUACCUGAAGAAGGGCAGCUCGGUCAUCCCCAACAUUCACAAGCUGAGAGAGUGUGGGACGUCGGCGCCCUACAUGCGGCCCGUCUACCCGUCCAAGACCUUCCCGAAUCUCUACACUCUGGUCACCGGCCUGUACCCGGAGUCCCACGGCAUCGUGGGUAACACCAUGCACGACCCCGUGUUCAACGCCACCUUCACCCUGCGCACCAAAGAGAAGCUGAACCACCGCUGGUGGGGGGGGCAGCCCAUCUGGAUCACAGCCGAGGAACAAGGAGUGAAGGCGGCCUCUUUCUUCUGGCCUUGGGUGAUUCCUCUGGAGAGGAGGAUUCUAACCAUCCUGCACUGGCUGCAUCUGCCCGACGACGAGAGGCCGUAUGUUUUUGCCGUUCACUCGGAGCAGCCCGAUACCUUCGGACAUCGCCUGGGGCCGCUCAGCAGCGAGCUGGACAACCCUCUGAGGGAGAUCGAUCACGUGAUUGGUCAGCUGAUGAACGGCCUGAAGCAGAUGAACCUUCAUCGCUGCGUCAACAUCAUCAUCGUCGGAGACCACGGUAUGGAGGAGGCGCACUGCGACCGCACGGAGUUCCUCAGCAGCUACCCGCUCAACAUCGACGAGAUCACGCUGAUCCCCGGCUCGCUGGGCCGGAUACGACCCCGCGACCCCAAGUCCACCACAUAUGACCCAAAAGUUGUGGUUGCAAACCUCACGUGUAAGAUGCCGACUCAGCACUUUAAGCCAUACUUGAAGCAGCACCUGCCCAAGAGGCUGCACUACGCUAACAACCGGCGCAUCGAAGACAUACACCUGCUGAUGGAGAGGAAGUGGCACAUCGCCAGGAAGAUGCCAGAGAAGCAGAGGACUCGUUGUGGUUUCUUUGGCGACCACGGCUUCGACAACAAGAUCACCAGCAUGCGGACCAUCUUCAUGGGCCACGGGCCGAGCUUCCAGUUCCAGAAGAAAGUCCCGGAGUUCGAAAACAUUGAAUUAUACAACGUCAUGUGUGACCUGUUGGGCCUGAAGCCGGCACCUAACAACGGGACGUACGGCAGUCUGAACGAGAUGCUGAAGGACCCGCCGUUCCGGCCCGGCGUGCCGGAGGAAGUGACGGCGCCGUCCGACCCCGACGACGCCACCGCCACGACCCACGAGCAAGGCUGCAGCUGCGAGGAAGAGAACCAAGUGGAGGAGAACCUGCAGGCCUUCAGGCCUCCUCCAGACGGGAGCUACAGCGACAACUCCUCCCACCUCCCCUUCGGCCGCCCCGCCGUGAUGUUUGACACUCAGUACAGUUUACUGCAUCACGUUGAGUUCAUCAGCGGCUACAGCCGAGAGCUCGCCGUGCCGCUGUGGAGCGCCUUCACGCUGCCGCGCCAGGAGGACUUCACUCCCCCCGUGGCGCCCCCCGGUGGCGUCCGCUGCCUGCGGGUCGACUCCAGAGUGUCAGCUGACCACAGUCUGAGCUGCACCGCCUACGACCAGAACCAGCAGCUGAGCCCCGGGUUCCUGUUCCCCCCAGAGCUGGCGUCGUCUCCAGAGUCUCGAUACGACGCCUCGCUCAUCACCAACACCGUGCCCAUGUACCCGGCCUUCAAGAGGCAGUGGAGCUUCCUCCAGGGGGCGCUGUUGCGGCGCUACGCCGAGGAGCUGAACGGCGUGAACGUGCUGGUGGGCCCCGUGUUCGACCACGACCACGACGGCCGGAGAGACGCCGCCGAGCACAUCAGAGAGUCUUCAGCCGACGGCCCCCCCGUCCCCUCCCACUUCUACGUGGUGGUGACGAGCUGCCGGGAGCAGAACCAGACGGUGGAGGAGUGUGAAGGAGAACUCCGGGUGUUCUCCUUCCUGCUGCCGCACCGGCCGGAGAGCAGCGAGGCCUGCAAUAGCGGCGAGGACGCGUCGCAGUGGGUGGAGGAGCUGCUGCAGCUGCACACGGCCCGGGUCCGAGACGUGGAGAUCCUGACGGGCCUGGACCUGUACCGGUCCACCAACCUGACCCUGACGAGCACGCUGAGCCUCAAGACCUACCUGGAGCCCUUCGAGAGUGACGACUAGCAACACAGAGAGACGGACGCACGCAAAGAGGAAGUCGGCCUCUGGAGAAGUCCUGCUGUUUCACCGCGUUCCCGCCGCAUAGCCGGCGGCGCCGGCGGUCCACGCCGGAGGGAACCGACCCAGAAGUACUUUGGAAAAGGGAUCGUCCAUUUCUAACAAUUGAAAAGAGUAAAAAAAAAAUGGUUUUGGCAAGUAGUAGUGAGGAAGAUUACAAUAGGAAUGUUCAAUACUAUCACAAAGAUACCUGAGGGGGGGGGCGGACCUUCAGACAGCUGCAGCUCGUCACCACCACGGCGUCAUCCUGCAGAGACGAACGCUCAUAUUCACUUGCCAGCCUUUGCAUGCCAUACAGUUUAAACAUGUUCGGACCUGUCUUUUCUAACUCAUAAAAUACUCUGAAAACUUG